CUUUUCUUUCUUUCUUCUUCUUCUUCCCCUCGUGUUUCUUCCUUUCUCCGUCAGCGUAUUGGAAUGCCGGAGUCGACUGAGCAUCAGCAACUGGCGGCCAUUCUCGGUCCUGAGCCCGCCGCCACUUUCCAAACCGUAAUCUCCCACUUAAUCUCCUCCCCCUCCUCUUUGCAAACCCUAAUCUCCGACCUCACUUCCUCCGAGAAGCGGUCCGAGGCCGAGCACGUCUUCAACAUCUGCAAGCGGGCCGAUCACGAGUCGCUUUCUCUCAAACUCGCUCAGCUUCUCCAGGUCUCUCCCGACGAGAAGACCCGAACCAUGUGCUCCAUUCUCCUCCGGAAGCAACUACUCACCCGCGACCUGUGGCGAAGACUCUCUCGUAACACCAAAUCCACCCUCAAACAUACUCUAUUAUCUUGUAUUCAACGCGACGACACCCCAACAUCGAUUUCGAAGGCCAUCUGCUACGCCGUGUCGGAGCUCGCCUCCGCAGUGUUGUUCGUCGAAGGCUGGCCGGAGCUCUUGCCCUUUCAGUUCCAAUCUACCUCCUACGAUGCGCCGCCGAAGCUUCAGGAAUGCUCCUUCUUGAUUUUCGAUCAGCUCGCGUACUUCUUUACCCCGUUUAAGAAGGAAUUACACACCGUCUUCUUGUACUGCUUGAGCUCCUCCACAAGGUCAGAUGAAGUUAAGAUAGCUGCGUUUAGUGCUGUGGUCAAUUUCAUUCGGUGUUUGCCCUACUCUGAAGAUGAGGAUAGGUUUCACGACGUCUUGAUAGAAAUGAUGAGAACAGUGAUGGGGGAAUUGAACAAAGGGAAGGAGAUCAUGGCACAGGAAGCGAUCAAGUUGUUCAUUGAAUUGGCCGGGACCCAUCCGACGUUGCUCAGCUGCAACGGACAGAUCAUCCGGGCUAUGCUGCAGAUUGCUGAAGCCAUAGAUGUCUUGGAACAAGGGACGAGGCACUUGGCCAUUGAGUUUCUGAUUACUCUGGCCGAGGCCAGAGAGCGUGCACCAUGGAUAAUGAGGAGGUGUCGGGAGUUUGUUGGUCUACUUUUUCCCAUUUUAAUGAGGAUGGUUUCAAAUGUCAAGGAUGAUCCCUCAUGGCAUACAGCUGAGACUGAUGAUGACAUUGCCUUGGGUGUAAGUGGUGAUUACUGUGUUGGGCAGGAGUGUUUGCAUAGGCUUGCCAUUGCCUUGGGUGGCAAUAACAUUGUUCCAAUUGCGUUAGAACACUUUACUUCCCAUUUUGCUGCACUCGAGUGGCCCAAGCAUCAUGCAGCAUUGAUUGCCCUUGCUCAAAUUGCUGAGGGUUGCUCUGAGGUAAUGAUAAAAGAUUUGGAGCAAGUGGUGGCAAUGGUUUUGAACUCCCUUGAACAUCCACAUAUUCGGGUAAGGUGGUCAGCUAUUAAUGCAGUUGGCCAGUUGUCUACUUAUUUGGCCCCAGACCUGCAAGUUCAAUAUCAUCAACAGGUGUUUUCUGCACUGAAUGCCACUAUAUAUGGUUUGCAGAACCGUCGUCUACUGGCACAUGCUGCUUCAGCACUGCGAAAAUUCGUUGAGAAAUGUGCUAGGGAUAUCUUGACACCUUAUUUGGAUGAAGUGGUUUCCCAAUUGGUUGUACUUUUGCAGAGUGAGAUACGUAUGGUGCAAGUAGAAGCAUUGACUGCUUUGGCAUCAGUUGUUGUUUCAUUUCCGGAGCAAUUCCAAAAAUACUAUGAAGUUGUCAUGAUUCCCCUGAGAGUUAUGUUGUUGGAUGCCACUAAUAACCCAGUUUGGUCCAAGUCCGUGGAGUGUAUUAGCUUGGUUGGUAUGGCUGUUGGAAAGGAGAAAUUCAGGGAUGAUGCUAAGAAAGUCAUGGAAAUGCUGAUGUCUUUGCAAGGAUCUCAAAUGGAGCCAGAUGACCUAACUACAAGUUGCAUGCUACAGAUAUGCGCUGACCUCUGCAAGUGUCUAGGACAAGAUUUCCUUCCGUACAUGAGUGCUGUUAUGCCUCCUUUGCUUCAGUUUGUUCAAAUUAAGCCUGUUGAAACUGUUACCUCUGCAAAUGACAAUUGUGAUAUGGAUGAAUCUGAUGAUGAAAGUAUGGAAACAAUUACUCGUGGAGAUAAAAGGAUUAGAAUCAAGACUAGUGUAUUGGAGGAAAAAGUUACAGCUUGCAAUUUGCUGUGUUGCUAUGCUGAUGAACUGAAGGAAGGAUUCUUUCCAUGGAUCGAUCAGGUUGCCCCAACGUUAGUUCCACUUAUAUUUUAUAUCCAUGAAAAAGUGAGGAAGUCUGCUGUUUCAGCAAUGCUGAAGCUACUGCUUACUGCAAAGUUAGCUGUAGACAGAAGGCAAGCUGAAGGUUGUAAUGAAAAGUAUUUAAAGCGAUUCACUGACUACAUCAUUCGAGCUCUGAAGUUACGUAAGGAAGAUGAUUCUGAAAUCUGCAUAAAUAUAUUGGAUGCUAUAAAAGAAUUUAUACAGGUCUGGACACACACACGCACACACACACAGACACGCACAGGUCUGGAUGCAGUCUGGAUCAGAAGUGGAUGUCUGCAAAGACGCAAAAGUGCGGACGCGGCUAAGGGCAUUGUGGAUGGUGGUGCUGGUCUUGCGGGUGCCGAACCAGGCCUCCAUCUUUAGCUUCUUGCCCGUAGACUUUUGUGUUGAGCUCGAAGUCGAGAUUGAGGUGCUGGAGGUUUUGGGUGAACUUCCCAUGCGGACCUUCAACCUCGAUCACUUUUUCCUCCAUAAUGGUGGACGCCAUCCGGGAUGUUAGUAGUCUCCGAGGACAGAAUCUGCGCACCAUCCGCACCGCCCCGAGCCGCGUCUGCGUUUUUAAUUUUCUCAUCAGGUUCGGACAUCUGCUUCUGAUCCAGCCUCUUUAUGUAUGUAUUUUUUGUAGUUGAACAUAAGAUAUCUCAUCAUGAACGUACAUCGGAUAUAAGUUUAUAGGCAAGAUAGCUCAUGCACAACCAAAAUGUAGAGUCAGAAAUCCAAAUCGCAUUCCUAAUCCUGAAAGCCUUCUGUGUUGCCUUAAUCGACCACAAGGGACAAACAAAUCUACACACUACACACAUACCUGAUUGGAUGAAGUGGGAAAAUGUUCGCUUCCCAAGCCUAAACUACAAACAUGGAAAAAGCGGUGCAAAGAUCGGAUGAGAAUUUGAAAUUGGAACAUAUUUGGAGUUUUUAGGGUUUUCAUUUUGAUUAGGCUCAUAUUAUUACCAUAUGGGAGAAUUUCAUGCUUGAAGAUGUUCAAAAGUUAAUCUGUUACAAUAAAUGGAUUAUUGUUGGACAAAAGAAAAAUUAUUUGUAUUAAAAGAGCAAAAUUAUUGGUCAAUAACUCACAAUUUAAAUUUUGGUUUGGGAGAAAAUGUAGCUCCUCGGAAUGAAGUCUUAUUUUGGCUUUGUGCACCAAAAGUAGUACCUAGUUUUGGCAAAUCCAUUUUUACGUGCCACAUUAUUUCUUCUGUGCAUUGCUUACUUGUAUCAUUUCUUUCAGAUCUUUGCAUCCACUCUAGAUGAAAGCCAUGUCAAAUCCAUCAAGGAGAUCAAGCAGGUGAGUACUCGUUCAAGUAAGAAAAGAAAGAGAGCAGAAAGGACCUCAGCAUAUGAUUUUGAUGAUGAGGAAAGGA